GAUUUCCGCAGCUCAAAGGAUCAUAAUCCGCUGCGACAGAUGUUGAACUCGCUCAUCAACCAUUACAACACAACCGAGUCUUCUUCUCAAGCCCGAGGGCAAACAAUCCUCCCGUGAUGGGCGUUCCCGUAGCUUUGGCGACAGUUGCCGCCUGUGGUAGCAUCGUCACCUCGAUCAAGUCGAGCUGGGAGCUCCGCCGCAUGGUCAAGCGGAAGCAAGAGUCAAAAGAAUGCGAGGAGGAGGCGCCUUACAUCUUCCGCAGGCUACGCAGGGCCUAUUACGAGGGCUUGAUGAGCACCAUCGAAUACGAACAGUGGUAUGAGAAGUUUCUGGUGGCCAAGGUGGAGAAGGACUUAUCCGGCAUGCGAAGAAUUCGCGCGCACAUGAGGAUUCUCGAGAACGGGGCGCCGUUAACAUCCCACCACCGGUCGAGGGCCGUCGAGCAACCUAGGCAGCGACAAUCAGUCCCGCACCGCGCUGCUCAGCCAUAUGUCGACCUUCCACCGAGUCGGGCGGGCCUUGAGUAUCACCCCGAUCGGCGGGCGAGUGUCGGUGCGCGGCCAGAUCAGUUCCUCCAUAUCGACCCCCUGGCCACAUACAGCCGUGCCCCGUCGUCAACUGCUUCCUCGAAGGGACGGAGUCGGAGCAGCACUGGCCGACAGGAACCGAGGGGCCGGAGCGAGAAGAGAUACGACAGCUAUGACAGCACCGAUAGCAGCGACAACUACUCGGAGAAGAGGCACUAACGUGGAAGAAGUAUGCACCGGUAAUCGGGCCUGGGUGUUGGUUGAUGCAACAUGUCAGUCGGCGGUAGCGUGCUUGACUUU